GAAGUGUGUGCUCUCACAUGAAAGAAGAAGCUAGCGGACGGGAUUAAACUGUAACGUUUAUGUUCAUAUUCUCUGGGCAAGCGUUCAAACGGGAUGAAGUCCAGCCAAAAUCUGCGCUGCUGUACAUGUUCCUUGGCACAAUGCACAGUGGAGGAGAGCGUUGUCACCGCCAGCUGCUAAAUUCCCGGACGAUAUAAACCUCCAGGCAGCUAUAAAGGUGUGUCGACAACAUACGGUGUACAGCAGCUCCACUGCAGGCCAGUGUGCGUGGUCAUUUGUGUGUGUGUGUGUGUGUGUGUUUAUGGUCGUGUAUGUUAAUGAGUGAGUGGCACAGCAGCUGGGGCUUGUAACGUGAUGCCAAGAUGCUGCUGUCCCUGGGAAUGCUGAUGCUGUCGGCCACGCAGAUUUACACCAUCUUCACUGUUCAGCUCUUCGCCUUCCUCAACCUGCUGCCCGUGGAGGCUGACAUCGCCGCGUACUCAUUCGACAACAAAACAGAGGCCUUCGAGGACCUGCCUGCACGGUUUGGUUAUCGGCUACCCAGCGAUGGACUGAAGGGUUUCCUGAUUGGGGCACGGCCAGAAAAUGCCUGCGAGCCCAUCGAGCCCCCUCCGAGGGACAACCUGACGGGCGCUUUCAUCGUCCUCAUCAAGCGCUUCGACUGCAACUUUGACAUCAAGGUCCUCAAUGCCCAGAAAGCCGGGUACAAGGCAGCCAUUGUUCACAAUGUGGACUCCAAUGACUUAAUCAGCAUGGGAUCCAAUGAUUUGGAUGUCAUGAAGCAGAUAGAUAUCCCCUCUGUGUUUGUGAGCGAGGAAACUGCCAACUCUCUGAAAGAAGACUUCACGUAUGACAAGGGGGGACACGUGGUCCUCAUGCCAGACUUCAGCCUGCCGCUGGAAUACUACCUGAUCCCCUUCCUCAUCAUCGUGGGAAUCUGCCUCAUCCUAAUUGUUGUUUUCAUGAUUACAAAGUUUGUUCAGGAUCGACACCGGGCUCGGAGGAGCCGUCUGCGCAAAGAUCAGCUGAAGAAACUUCCCAUCCACAAGUACAAGAAAGGGGACAACUAUGAUGUGUGCGCCAUCUGCCUGGACGAAUAUGAAGAAGGUGACAAACUCCGAGUCCUUCCGUGUUCUCACGCCUACCACAGUAAGUGUGUGGACCCCUGGCUGACCAAAACUAAGAAGACCUGUCCGGUGUGCAAGCAGAAAGUGGUACCCUCGCACGGCGACUCCGACUCUGACUCGGAUGAAGGGGAGAGCGGCCCCGACGAGAACGAGGAGGCGUCGGAGAGCACCCCACUGCUGCGCUCCCUGGCCUCCACCAGCGCCCACUCCUUUGGCACCAUGUCGGGAGCGUCGCGCUCGGAGCAGGACCAGGAGUCCUCCGACUACGAGGACGACGAGCUGGACAGCAGCGACAGCGAGGAGGAGGUCACCGUGGAGACUGUGGUGGUGCAGAUGCAGCAGCCCUGCUCUGAAGGCCACGAGCACGACCUGCCCCGAGCUUGACUUGACUGCCGGUUGGUCGCUGAAUCCCCGCCCUCCCCGACCUCACAGCUGCAGAGACUUUCGUUGGGGGAGGGGGGGUCACGAAAACAGAUUCAUCUUUAAAGUUUUUCUGUCACUGCUUACAAGACGUUGUAAUGUAUCCUCUUUACAAGUUAAAAAACAAAUCUUAAGUUUUAUUUUUAACAUGAUUUAUGGCGAAAGUGCUGAUUUCCAACUGUGUGACAGAGCGUCAGUAGCAUAUCUUGGGGGCCGACGGCUGAUUUGACUGGAUUAGCGACACUGACGUACAGUAGGCUUUUAUACUGUACUCUAUUUAGUCCUAAUAAAAGGAUGAUACAUGACUGGAAAAGUCCCAGACACAAGAUCACACUUGUUCAGUAAAAGUACUGUGUAUAUAUAAAAGUAUAAAUCACAUUAAGUUACUUCUUCUUUACCUUUGAGUAUCUCCUAUCCUACAUGUUCCAGACGACAAGGACGUUUCAUGACUGUACAUAGAUGUCUGCGCUACACUGACACUCCUAUGCAGCACCCUUUUUGUAAAAAUGAAACUAACAUUCAGCAAGUAUAGAAACAUUUAAAGCCACAGCAAUAUGGUUUUGCCAAUUUAUUUUCUAGCCUGAUGUACGCAGGAGCCUAGGCACUCCUGUCUGUGUCUUGUGCCAUGGUUUAUCUGUUACAACGGUUCACACUAAGACAAACUCAAGCCAAACCAGUUUGAGAAUCACAUUCGAAAGCGAAGAAUGUGCUCUACAUGUGACGCCACGUGAAAAGCGUGGAGGGACACUCGAGUGGAAACGAUGUCCACGCUGCCUGUGGUAAACUUCUUUCGGCUGCUCCGGACCUGUCACUCCAUUUAACACACGCAGUUAUUGGUUGAUGGGCCUUGUAAUACACAUUUAACUGACCUUAUCUCAUUUUAAUACAGUUUAUAGUAAAUAAUCUUUUGUUUUCAUAACAUGGCUUGAUUUUUUUUUUGUUCAUUAAACCUGUUGCCUUUUUCAGUUGAUGUAUUUUGUCUUGUUAGUGUUUUCCUGCUCAUGUAUGUCUCUUCUCAAUAUGAAUUCACUUCAAUAAAAUGACACUUGACGAGGAAAAUUUUCAUGGUGAAUAAUUAAAAUUUACUGUUUUCAUGACACUGAUAAUGUGAUGUAAAAUAGCCUUGUGUCAGCACAUUUUGUCUCAACAUGUAGCCGCAGCGUUCAUCUGAGGCCUUAACAAGAAAACUCCAGUAAACCUGAGCAGUGUAAUGAGCUGAUUAUCUGAUACAAAUCAGCCUGUAUUAGUUGGCAUGGCUCAUUAGUAAGUGGAAAUUACGGGGCCUCUACAUUUCUGUCACUAAUUUCUCUGUUCAAGAGUGCAAUUUUACCCCAAGAUGAGGGUUUUCCGGUGAGGGCGGAGGGUUUUAAGUGCCACCCAUGGACCACAACCUCCCUGGUGAGUGUCUGACAGGAACCUCUGUCACGUCAUUUACUAUUUCUCAAUUUCCUAUUCUUUCAUUUAACACUCUACAACAUAAUUAAAAUGAUAGACUCAAUAAUAAAUGCUAACAGUUGAUGAAGCAGUCUCACCUCAGGGUCUGUUCAGUAGAUUUUCUGGAACUUUCAAUAUCACAUGAUCCUAAAUCAGCAGAUUGUUACACUUGCCAGCUCUCCCGAUUUUCACUGCCCUCUCAAGGUUUCCUCCCAGGGUCACAAUUUCUCGCACGUAUAACCCAAGCCUGCAACUCUGUCCUUUUUUUCACCCAAAAAUACAGUUAAAAAUAGCCUCUAAAAAGUUUCCUAGCAUGACAAGGUAUGUCUGUUUCAAUACUGAGAGGGAAACAUUUGAAAUGGGGGGCUGGGGAUCUUCCGCAUUUUGGUGAUUUUUUUUUUAAUGCUCCAUUUUGUGCAUUUUCUGCAACAAUUUUUGGUGUAAAUUACUUUAAUUUUGUCAGAGUGAAAGUCCUCUGCUACUUUUAAUGUUUUUAAUGUGGUAAGAAGGGGGUUGGGACAAAUGCAUAUUCUAAAUAUUGAGGGGGAGAUGUCCCCGUGUCCACCCCCAAAAUCUACGCUUAUUUUCACAUGGCCCGGAAGAUAGCUGAUGGCACUUUGUGCUCUCCAUCUCUCACAUGCUGGGGACUAAGAGACAGAUAUACUCAAGCAAAUUUUAGACAUCCUGGGAAGAAUAAUUCUCAUUCCUUGAGGAAACAUUUUUAUAAAAGGCACACAUUUUGUAUAAACUACGUUGAUUUUUCCAUUCAGCAUGGAGGUUGCAACUAUUAGUUUAUGCCAGAAGGGUGAAAUCUUUCCUGAGAAUCCAAAGUAUGAUUAAAAGUACUUAAAAUUACGUUAGUGUCCUUAAUUUUCAUUUAAUUUUAAGUGCAGGAAACAAAGUGUGGAGUACCCCCAGACCCUCCACUUUAGUUUCCAAAUCCUCACUAUUUUUUAAGUGUCAAGGUUGACAGGAACGCAGAUGGUUUGCCCGGUUGCCAUGGGAAUGCAGAUGUUCAAAUUACCAUUUUUCUUAUGAAGAUUCUGUCUAUGCAGGCUUUUAAAGUUGAGAUGAUUGAUAGCUUCAGAACAGCUACUUGAAAACCCCUCAGGUUGAGAUUGAUAUAAGGGUGUUUGUAAAUUGAGCUUUAAAGUUCAGUCUUGACAUUAAACAGCUCACAAACUGAAAUAGUUUGUAGUGUUCUUUGUUCUAUGACUCAAAUCAGCUAUAAAUAAAUAAAUGUGACUUUGGGAAUAAUAAGUUUUUGUCCUGAGGCCUGUCUCGUUAAACAGGAUUACUGACGGGGCUGAGAAACUGCACUGCUCUGUAAACCUUCAGAUGGCUCAAAUUAUUACUCAUGCAAACUCGUUGGUGAUCCAGUUUUGAGAAACUUUAACAUUUUGUCUUUAGUUUGAUAAGAAGCCUUAAUCCACGUCGUGAGAAGACUUGCUGUUGGCUUUUUGGAAAGAGCCAGGCGAGCAGUUUGUGCUAAGCUAACCGGCUGCAGCUUCAUGUUCAGCGAACAUACACAAGUAUGGUAUCCAUAUUCUCAUCUGACUCUUGGCAAAAUAUUCCUUUGAAAGAGAGGCAGCGUUCAGUGUGAUAAAGGACAGCAAACAUUGAUCUGGUUGGAAUAAAUUUAUUUGAUCUGUCUGUAAACAAGGUGAUAAAUCAAUUUAUGGCAUUUCUUGGUUUAUGCAUAUGAAAUCAGAUGCAUUAAAGAGACUGUAUCCCAGAUGUAAGAAAAAAAAGUGGUGAGGAAAAAGGAAAUGAACAUAAAUCAGCAAACAGGACUUGAAACAGGUUUUUUUUUUAUGAGUACACAUAUCCCACAAGGCCUAAACAGUGGAGCUGAAGCUAAAAAAAAGAAAAAAAAAGUGCCAAUGAAAUGACUCUUUAGUGGACAGUGGGUAAAAUCCAUCUUACAACAGCAACAGAUCUCUCUAUAUUUAUGGCACAGGAUACACAGGUUCUGCAGUUAAGUUUCAACAAGACAACCAGAAGCGUCUUUGUUCCAACCAAUCCCAUCUCCCAUUGAGUGUCAUUUCUACUUUUGUAAGUGUUUUUUUUUUCAGUUGGACGUUACAGUUAGCAGUACUGAGCGUGGACAGACCAUGUGAUACCCCAGAGCUCAGCUGACUAUAGAGUAAAAGGCAAUUUAUUCCACAGUUUUGUAGUUGUCAACACAGCAUGGGUUUGUACAAAUGCAGUCGUUUCUUUUCUAAACAAUAAAAGAAAAGAAAAAAAAAAAAACAAUGAAGUGAGAAUUUUCUUCAAAUACUCCCACCCUUACCUCCCCUGUAGCUUCAUAUUUUUUUAACCAUGAUAAGUGUUACUGUCUGGUUAGCGUUUUCCUUCAUCAAAAAAGUUAGCGGUCAUCCUUCACAUGUUUUAGAGCAAUUGUAUAAACACCCGAGCUUCGACUACACUUGGUCCUAUAAAAAGAAAAAAAAAAUUAAACUGGACACGCUCCAGAUGGUUAUAUGCUGGGAUAUCUACUGUCCAAAAAUGGCAGCCUUUCAAAAAAAAAGAAAAGAAAAAAAAAAGAAAAGAAAA